GCCAUCAAUAGUUAAGAGCGAACAAGGCGAUCUAAUAAAAACUUACUUUCAUUUUGCGAACAGUGUUGUAAAGAUCGGCAAACAUGGAAGAACCAGAUCGUGAUCUUGCUAAUAUCGAUGGGGCGAAACGGAGCGCCGAUACAUCAUUGACGGCAUCUCUCAACUCGGAAGACAGCUGGACGCUGCUUGGAAAAGACAACGAUCAGCUGUAUAAAGACCCGAGUGGAGUGCAGGAGAUCGAUAAAGAAGAUGUUACUGUGGAGAAAGGAGAGGGCCAGUCCACCGGGAAACAGCGUCAUGAUAGUCACCGAAGCACUGCUGAUUCCCAGCUUGACGAAUCAUCCGAUGGCAUCAGCAUUAUCAGUGAGAGUGACGCGGCUAGCUCCGACAAAAUGUUGGUCGAAGAGGAAUCGCACUACGACCUCUCCACGGUUUAUUUCACCCGAAAUAUUAACCUAAAGCUUCCCGAUUAUGAGCCACUUACACCGCCCUACACUCCAAAUGAUCCGAACCCAGCAGGUUCACAGGAACAAAUAGAAAAGAAAACAGAUUUACAGUUAAAACCAACGGAUGAUCAAUCGGUGGAAACGAUAGGAUCGGUGGUGGAACAUACCCAUCCUACAUCCGUGAUCUGGACAAAGUGGAUAAUUUUUAAUCUGCUGGCUAUAGGCAUGGUGGCCGUCCUAUUCGGGAACUCAAUGCGACUCCAGAAUCGGGUAGACGAGAUAAACUUCGAGCACGAAAAGCGCAUCUCGGAGCUGGAGCUGGAGAAUAACAUUUUGAAGAACGAAAUGACCAAACUGCGCCAUCUUUACACACGUUCAGAGCUAGAGGAGCAAGUUCAGCAGGCUGAAUUUGAGUGGAUGGAUGCAUUGAGACAGGAGACAGUGGCAAACGUGUUAGAGGAAAUUUCGGAAGCAACUGAAGCUGGAGCAGAUAGUACGGUGCCACCGCCACCGGUAAGAAUAGUCCCACCACAGGAUGGCGGUGUGAAAAGGAAGGUAGUUUGGUCAGGUGAUGAAGAGGAACCUAUGCUGAUUGUUGACAAAGAUUAUGUACUGCCUGCAUUCUGCUACAACCAACAUCAAGCGGUGCAGGAUGACCUGUUUUCCGAGUAUAGUGCAAAGUACUGUGGCAUCAAGCAGCGAAAGAUCGAAGCAAAAAAGAAAAAGGCUGAAUUUAGCGAGAAAAAACAAGCAAUGCCAGAAAGCUAUAACAGAUACAUCCAUCCAAAAGCGUCCGAUCAAACUGAGCAAGAGAAGCGAGUCGACCCUGGUAGACCAGCAUCACCUUUUAACAUUGACUACCAGAAAGCGUUUGAUGCCAUCAAAGCGGAGGGCAGUGUUAUCGUAGAAGCGUUGGGUAACAUUCUGGAUCUUUCUCCCGAACCAGAGGAAGCUGCACAAGUACGCGUGAAGCCAGAAGGAAGUGGAAGUGUGUCUCAGGGCAAUACAAAACCUCCACCAAAAGAUUCCACUGUGGCACAGGGUACUGGAGAGAUGGAAUCAGAUUACAAACAGAAACAGGAACAAACGAAGCAACAGAUGUAUGAGGAUCAAAAACAGAAGAAGCAACGACCGAAUGAAAAUGAGUAUCGUAGUAAAGCGGACAAACCAAAGAAAAUGGAAGAAAAUGGGAAUAGCAAGCAUAAGAACGGAAAAUCAAAAGGUGAUCGUGAAAAUAAUAGUCGCUAUGACAGUAAUGAUAGUAAAAAUGGAUAUCGAGAGCAGAAAAGGUUUGACGACAACUACAAACAUGAACGUAGCACCAACAGCAAGAAAGAGGAUCAUCAUCACGGCAAAAGCAAAUAUCAUCAGAAACGAAAAGAUGAUCGCCACUCGGACGAACGGAAGGAUCAUCGCAAGCGUCACAGCGGUGAAGAUAAUCAUUACCACCAACAAAAGUUCAAGCAGAGUGAAGAGUACAAAACACGUGACUAUGAACCUCAAGAGCAUCAUCACGAAAAUCGUGACGAGCGACCAAAGCAUGUGUAUGUCACCGGAAAAGGAUCUUAUUUGGACGAAUAUAAAAGAACCGAAUUGAACGAGGGUCAUGAAAAGUAUCACAAUAACCAACACCAUAACCGGCAGCAGUGGCAACAAUCCAGUGGUGAUUGGAGCGAAAAGAGGUACAAGGGACGAGAUGAAUACCGCCAGGGUGGUGGUAAACACGGGGAGAAACAUUGGCAGGAUCGUAUGAAGCAUGGCCGUCAGGAGGCUAGGGAUGAGCAUAGAAAGCAGAUGGAAGGUGAAAGCAACUGGUACUUGGAGAGAGGCAAUCAGCGCGAGGAGGAGCGAAUUUUCCAACAACCAAACGGUCCAACGAAUUGA